AUGAGUUCACCACUUCGCCCCAGUCAGUCCGCUGCAAACCGCGGGCUGGGUAACCUCAACCGACGCAAGAGAUCGAGAGAGCCCGAUGACGAUGCUUCAUCCGUUGCUCCGCCGUCCAGUCCACCCCCUUCUUCUCCUCCUAUGCUCCCCUUCGAUGAAGAUGAGGAACGUGACGAAGAAGCAGAGUUGUUGGGGGAUAUUGACGAUAUUGAUGAGAUGGCAGAAGAUGAAGAUGGCAUUGACCUGUUCGGCGACAACUUUGAACAAGACUACAGAAGCACCCAAGACGAACAUUAUCGCGGAGCCUACAUCGACGACGAUGACGAGCAAUCAGAAAUCGAUCUCGGCGCUCGUCGUCAACUUGAAGCCCGCAUGGACCGCAGAGACCGUGAAUUCGCUCGCCGCAGUCGCAUGCCUGCCGCUUUUAUGCAAGAUGAUGAUGACGGCGAGAUAGAUCUGACCCGCCAGCCUCGUCGGCGGCGACACCUUUAUGACGAGGAGCGGGAGGAUAUCGAUAUGGCUGAGGAGGGCAUGGAUGAGCUCACCCUGGAAGAACUGGCUGAUGUGAAGGCCGCCAACGUUACCGACUGGAUUUUACAGCCCCAAGUGCUCCGCUCCAUCUAUCGAGAGUUCAAAGCCUUCCUGACCGAGUUCACUGAUGAGGCUGGUGCCUCCGUGUACGGAAACAAGAUUAAGACCCUUGGUGAAGUCAACUCCGCGUCUCUGGAGGUUUCCUACGACCAUUUGGCGAAGGCCAAGCCAACGCUGUCUUACUUCCUUGCCAAUGAGCCUUCUGAAGUUCUGAAGGUGUUCGAUCAGGUUGCUCUCGAUGUCACCCUCUUCCACUACCCGCAAUACCAUGAUAUCCAUAACGAGAUCCACGUCCGUAUUACGGACCUCCCCAUUGUGUACACCCUACGCCAGCUGCGCCAGUCUCAUCUCAACUGUCUCGUCCGAAUCAGCGGUGUUGUUACCCGCCGUACCGGCGUGUUCCCUCAGCUCAAAUACGUCAUGUUCCUGUGCGGAAAAUGUGGCACCACAUUGGGCCCCUUCCAGCAAGAAGCGAGCCAGGAAGUGAAGAUCUCCUACUGUCAAAAUUGCCAGUCCAAAGGUCCCUUCACCGUCAACUCGGAGAAGACCGUCUACCGGAACUACCAGAAGCUGACGCUUCAGGAGUCCCCCGGCUCCGUCCCUGCCGGUCGUCUCCCUCGCCAGCGUGAAGUCGUCCUCCUGGCAGACCUGAUUGACACGGCUAAGCCGGGGGAUGAGAUUGAAGUGACCGGUAUCUACCGCAACAGCUACGAUGCACAGCUCAACAACAAGAACGGCUUCCCAGUCUUCGCCACAAUCAUCGAGGCCAACCAUGUCGUCAAGUCGCAUGACCAGCUGGCUGGUUUCCACUUGACGGAGGAGGACGAGCGGGAGAUUCGGGCCCUCUCGCGUGAUCCAGACAUUGUCGACAAAAUCAUUCGCUCGGUGGCCCCCAGUAUUUACGGACACGAAGACGUGAAGACGGCCAUCGCCCUCUCGCUUUUCGGCGGUGUUAGCAAGGAAGCUCAGGGCAAGAUGUCGAUCCGUGGUGAUAUCAACGUCCUUCUUCUAGGUGAUCCUGGUACCGCCAAAUCUCAGUUCCUGAAGUACGUCGAGAAGACCGCCCACCGUGCAGUCUUUGCCACGGGUCAGGGUGCCAGUGCCGUCGGUUUGACAGCCAGCGUGCGGCGCGACCCGCUCACCAGUGAAUGGACACUGGAAGGUGGUGCACUUGUGCUCGCUGACCGUGGCACCUGUCUGAUUGACGAGUUCGACAAGAUGAACGACCAGGACCGCACGUCUAUCCACGAAGCUAUGGAGCAGCAGACCAUAUCCAUUUCCAAGGCUGGUAUUGUUACUACCCUGCAGGCUCGGUGUGCUGUGGUUGCUGCGGCCAACCCCAUUGGCGGCCGCUACAACAGUACCGCCCCCUUCUCAAACAACGUCCAGCUCACAGAACCCAUCCUGUCUCGUUUCGACAUUCUCUGUGUUGUCCGCGAUCUGGUCGACCCCGCUGAGGAUGAACGCCUGGCCAGCUUCGUCAUCGAGUCCCACCACCGCGCUAACCCGGCGCGGCCGCUGCGCGACGCCCAAGGCCAGCUCAUCAACGCGGAUGGCGAGCGCAUCGACGAGGAGGGCUACCGCAUCCACGAGAAGACUGGUGCCCGUCUGCCUCUCCGCCCUGAAGAGAUCGCCCAACGCGAGCAAGCAGCCCGCAAGGCCGCUGAAGAAAAGGAAGGCGAAAUCCCACAGGAGCUUCUCCGCAAGUACAUUCUCUACGCGCGCGAGCGCUGCCGCCCCAAGCUUUACCAGAUCGACCAAGACAAGAUCGCCCGUCUGUUCGCCGACAUGCGACGCGAGUCGCUCGCCACGGGCGCCUACCCCAUCACGGUCCGUCACUUGGAAGCCAUUAUGCGUAUCGCCGAAGCCUUCUGCAAAAUGCGUCUGUCUGAGUACUGCUCGGCACAAGACAUCGACCGCGCCAUCGCCGUGACCGUGGAUUCCUUCAUCGGCAGCCAGAAAGUCAGCUGCAAGAAGGCUCUUUCGAGAGCGUUUGCGAAAUACACGCUCUCCAGGCCCAAGCCCCAAUCCAACCGGAGGGCUGGCGUCGCUGCCCCAGAUCCAUUCAAGCCCCGGCUGUCGACGAGAGCGCGGUAA